AUGGAUGCCACAAAAAGUCCCCAAGAACAGGAGCAGCAGAAGUCGGUGAGGGAAGCCUGGGACAACCCUGCCUAUAGUGGUCCCCCUUCACCUCAUGGGACGCUGAGGAUUUGCACCAUCUCCAAUCCAGUGACGCCCCAAUGCCAACCCACAAAGCCUGGGGAUGGCCCCCAGGAAAAGGCUCCCAAGACCCUGAUGUCCAGCUGCUGCCUGCGGGUCCACCAUGCCAUCAGAGGACUCUGGGGAACGACCCUGACGGAGAACACAGCUGAGAACCGGGAGCUGUACGUGAAGACCACGCUGCGGGAGCUGCUAGUGUACAUCGUGUUCCUGGCAGACGUCUGUCUCUUGACCUAUGGAAUGACAAGCUCCAGUGCCUAUUACUACACCAAGGUCAUGUCAGAGCUCUUCUUACAUACGCCAGCAGACACUGGAGUCUCCUUCCAAGCCAUCAGCAGCAUGGCAGACUUCUGGGAUUUUGCCCAGGGCCCACUACUGGACAGUUUGUACUGGACCAAAUGGUACAACAACCGAAGCCUGGGCCAUGGCUCCCACUCCUUCAUCUACUACGAGAACAUGCUGCUGGGCGUUCCGAGGCUGCGGCAGCUGCGGGUCCGCAAUGACUCCUGUGUGGUGCAUGAGGACUUCCGUGAGGACAUUUUGAGCUGCUAUGAUGUCUACUCUGCUGACAAAGAGGAGCAGCUCCCCUUUGGACCCCUUAAUGGCACAGCGUGGACGUACCACUCGCAGGAUGAGCUGGGGGGCUCCUCCCACUGGGGCAGGCUCACAAGCUACAGUGGAGGCGGCUACUACUUGGACCUUCCACGAUCCCGACAGGCCAGUGCAGAAGUGCUCCGUGACCUUCAGGAGGGGCUGUGGCUGGACAGGGGCACUCGGGUGGUCUUCAUCGACUUCUCAGUCUACAAUGCCAACAUCAAUCUCUUCUGUGUUCUGAGACUGGUGGUGGAGUUUCCAGCCACAGGAGGUGCCAUCCCAUCCUGGCAAAUCCGCACGGUUAAGCUGAUCCGCUACGUCAGCAACUGGGACUUCUUCGUCGUUUGCUGUGAGGUCGUCUUCUGCAUCUUCAUCAUCUACUACGUGGUGGAGGAGAUCCUGGAGCUCCACAUCCACCGGCUCCGCUACCUCCACAGCAUCUGGAAUGUUCUGGACCUCUUGGUCAUCUUGCUCUCCAUCGUGGCCGUGGGCUUCCACAUAUUCCGAACCCUGGAGGUGAACCGGCUGAUGGGGAAGCUCCUGCAGCAGCCGAACACGUACGCGGACUUCGAGUUCCUCGCCUUCUGGCAGACACAGUACAACAACAUGAACGCUGUCAACCUCUUCUUUGCCUGGAUCAAGGUAUUCAAGUACAUCAGCUUCAACAAAACCAUGACCCAGCUCUCCUCCACCCUGGCCCGCUGUGCCAAGGACAUCCUGGGUUUUGCUGUCAUGUUCUUCAUUGUUUUCUUCGCCUACGCCCAGCUCGGCUACUUGCUUUUCGGGACCCAAGUGGAAAACUUCAGCACUUUCAUCAAGUGCAUUUUCACUCAGUUCCGGAUAAUCCUUGGGGACUUUGACUACAAUGCUAUCGACAAUGCCAACCGUAUCCUGGGUCCUGUCUACUUCGUCACCUACGUCUUCUUCGUCUUCUUUGUGCUUCUGAACAUGUUCCUGGCUAUCAUCAAUGACACAUACUCUGAGGUCAAGGAGGAGCUGGCUGGCCAGAAGGAUGAGCUGCAGCUUUCCGACCUCCUGAAACAGGGCUAUAACAAGACCCUGCAAAGACUGCGUCUGAGGAAGGAGCAGGUUUCUGAUGUGCAGAAGGUUCUGGAUGGGGAGCAGGAGAUCCAGUUUGAGGAUUUUACUAAUACCUUGCGGCACUUGGGGCACGAAGAGCGUGAGAUCACUGAGCUCACGACCGCCUUCACCAGGUGUGACCGAGAUGGCAACUGUGUCUUGGAUGAGAAGGAACAGGAAGAAAUGCGCCAGGACCUGCACGAGGCCAAGGUGGCCCUCAAUGCUGAGAUUGAGAACUUGGGCCAGUCCAUUGUGAAUAUCCCAUCAGGCAAGCCAGGUCCAGAGGCUGAGAGAGCAGGAGGCUGGAUUUCAGAAGAAAAAUUCUACAUGCUCACAAGGAGAGUUCUGCAGCUGGAGACUGUCCUAGAAGGAAUUGUGGCCCAGGUUGAUUCUGUGGGCUCAAGGCUGAAGAUGCUGGAGAGGAAGGGGCAGCUAGCUCCCUCCCCAGGCAUGCAGGAGGAGCAAGCUACCUGGGCACACUUGAAGUCAGCCCCAGCUGUGACCCCAGUGCCCUGGGGUGUCCAGGAGAGAGGUGGAGGGAGCCCCUAAAGCUUCAGACAGCAGGCUCCUCUCUGCCUCCCCAGAGGCCCCUCUCUACACACCCUCCACGUCCAGGGCCAUAGGCCCCAUCAUGGCUGCUGCCAAGUCCCAUCCUGCAUCUGGCCUUUUGAACCAAUGUUUGUGUGUGUAGCAGGGUAUCACACUUAGGCUUGUGACUCGGUGUUUCUGUGUGUAGCUGCACAGCUCUGUGAAAUAACUCUUCUCACUGGGCUUCUUAUUCGCUAUGCACUUAGCUCUACUGUGGUGACAAAAAAAUAUCAGUAAUACGCAGGAUGAAGGGGAGAGGAAAGACGCUCCCUAAGCACCUGAGUAGCCAUGAUUUGUGAUAAAGGUAGAAGCCAAAGAAAGUAGGCAAUGUCUAGAUGUCUUCUUACUUGCUAGGAAAACUGAUCCUCUGUCAUCUAGACAUCCGCUGCUAGAGCCCAUGGAUUUCUUGCCUUCCCCCAUAGAAUUUCCCUGUGACAGAGAAGGGGAAGCCUUCAGACUCUAACUAAAGACUCCCAUGUUGCACAGGAGUGAGUGGCACAUUUCUAGAGCAAAGUCAACAAUGGUUCUUCGGGAAGAGACAGCUUCUUGGCAUCCCACAAACACUGGGCACUGAAGGGGCAGCAAACCAGGAGCCUGAAGGGAAACAGGCCAGGGAAUGACCUUGGCGUUCAGAGAUGUUUGGAUAAAAACA